GGAGGGCCCCACAGGGGAGAGAGCCAGCAGCUGUAGUGGCCAGGUAGAGAACCUCCAGCCUUUUGCCUUUGUGGCCCACAGGUGAUGGCAUGAAGAAGCCGACCGAGUACACCGCUAUAGGGAUAGAGCCCGCCGUUGCAGUUCUACAUCAGAAGAGGCUGUUCCAUGUCGGAGAAGCAUCCCAAAGCUUUUCUUGCACGUUCGGCUUUUGCACAGAGAGUGCAAAGGAAAAAAGAGAAGAGCUGCAGAAAGGAGCUUAAGUCACAGGAAAGGUGACUACAAUGUUGCACCAGAGGAAGAACUGGAAGUCCAUGUGUAAGGGACUCAUCCUGGGAACUCUCUUAACCAGCUUCAUGUUGCUGCUGUACUCCUAUGCCAUCCCACCCUUGCAAGUCAGCAUGACAGCGAACCCAAUCCCAUACUCAUGCUCUUCAAAUCCUGCCCAAAGGCAACUGCCCAUUUGGGCAAACAGUACCCACAAUCCACCAGGACAGAAGUGUCUUCCCAAGCGAGACAUCAUGUUCAUGAAGACCCACAAGACAGCCAGCAGCACCGCCGUCAACAUCCUCUUCCGCUAUGGGGAGAAGCACCGCCUCAAGUUUGCCUUCCCUAAUGGUCGGAAUGACUUCUUCUACCCAUCCUACUUUGACCACGGCCAUGUACAGGACUACCAACCCGGCAUGUGCUUCAAUAUCAUCUGUAAUCACAUGCGCUUCCAGUAUGAGGAGGUGCGUAAACUAUUGCCGGAUGACACCAUCUUUGUGACUGUGCUGCGGGAUCCUGCCUACCUCUUUGAGUCUUCCUUCCACUAUUUUGGGAGAAUUAUUCCUCUGACCUGGAAGUUGUCAGGUGAGGACAAACUGGCUGAAUUCCUGCGUGAUCCUAGGCAUUAUUAUGACCCCAAUGGGUUCAAUGCUCACUACCUCCAGAAUCUGCUUUUCUUUGACUUGGGCUAUGAUAACAACAUGAAUGCUAACGAUCCCCUGGUUGACCAGUACAUCCAUGAGAUUGACCAACGUUUCCACCUAGUCAUGCUGUUGGAGUACUUUGAUGAGUCUUUAAUGCUUCUGAAGGACUUGCUGUGCUGGGAGCUGGAGGAUAUCCUCUACUUCAAGUUGAACGCCCGGAAAGACUCUACAGUCUCCAAACUGACCGAUGAGCUCUACCAGAAGGCCACAGCAUGGAACCUCAUAGAUGCCAAGCUCUACCAGCACUUCAACGCUACCUUUUGGAAGAAGAUGGAAGCAUAUGGCCAAGAACGGAUGGCCAGGGACGUCUCCAGGCUUCACGAAGAGAAUGAGAAGAUGAAGAGCAUCUGCAUUGAUGGGGGACAUCCUGUGGACGCCAAUGCCAUCCAGGAAUCCUCCAUGAGACCCUGGCAGCCGCUGGGUGAGAAGUCUAUCCUGGGCUACAAUCUGAAAAAGAGGAUCAACAAGAAGCAUCGCAAGCUUUGCCGCAAGAUGCUGACACCUGAGAUCCAAUACCUGACGGACCUCGGGGCCAAUCUCUGGAUCACUAAGCUGUGGAGCAGGGUGCGGGAGUUCCUCAAAUGGUAGCGGGUGCACAAUCUGUAUUUCCACUUUCCCUUUGUCCUUCACCCAGAAGAACAACCAGGGGGUGGUUCUUUUUCUUUACAUCAGUUGGUUGAACAUGGCUCAUGUGCCACCAACAAUUGUGGGAGUGGCUUGAGACUCUAAAACGGAGUAGUAAUGUUGAGGGAGCCAUCCCAUUUGCCUGGGCACUGGAUAGGCCAGAAAGGAGGGAAGGAAUGGCCAGGGCCAGUAGCCCGAGUAGCAAUAAAAGAUGGAUCCAUUGGUCACCUUUUUUGACUUAGGCUCCAACAGGAAGGAAACUGGGGUGUAGGCAAGACUGAAGCAGAAUACACCCCAGUACUUCCCUGUGGAGUCUGAACAGCUGAGCCAGCCUCCCUGUAUUUAGCUAAGAGCAGAGUGAACAACAAAAGGCAAUGACGCAAAAACUUUUGCCAGCUAUAAUAUUUUGCUAAUCUUUUAGAACUUUUAAUCUGUCCCUUUAGUGCUUCUUUUUCAAAUUCCUGGGGGCAGCAGAUUGAUAGCUGAGUUGCCACCCUGUUUUUUUUUCAUUUACAGGAACAUUGGGACACCUGUGAAAGGGGGUGGGAUAGGUGAAAAGGAAUUAUGGUUGGGAGGAAUGUGCUGACUCUCAGAUAUUUGUCAAUGGGUAUUUCUUUCUAAAGAGACUUGUUAGCACACAAUUUGCUCAAAAUGGUAGAUGGAAGGGCCUAUCAACUGGGCAGCAGAUUCAAACAGCGCAGCAAAAUGUGAGGCCCAGUUUUUGAGUAUGGGUAUAGUCAUAGUAGAAGGUUGAAAUGGAUUAACAUGAGCCUUCUGCCCAGGGAAUCCUGGGAAUUGCAGUUCUUUGAGAGGAGCCAGAGAACUCUAACAGAGAUUUCUCUGUACCCUCACAGAUAACAAUUCUCAGAAUUCCGUGGGGGAGGCCAUGACAGUUGAACCAGCAUACCAUUGCUAAAAUUUUGUUAUGUAGAUAUGAGAAUGACACACUGCUAUGAGUAUGUGAGCUCUAUGUGUGUUUUUUGCACUCAUACAGUUCCUACACAAAUAUUUAAGGGUGGCAUAUUAUUUGUACAUGUUUGUGAAACUCAUUCCUAAGACUGAAUCAAUGCAGUGUUUUCCUGAAGGGGUGAGCGUGAGUAUGUUUCCUGGUAGCUCUGUGUGCGUCACACCAGUGUGCUCAAAUCUGCCCGUGUAUCUGUUCAGAACUGCACACAUCACACUGUGCAAGAUGCAUACAAGAGGCAACCUUCAGUUUGCCCAAGAAUCUGGAAUUUGCACCGACUCUCAUGUGACCUUGUGUACUGUCCAUUUAGGGUGUAUGCAGGCUAAAUGCAUGUCAAGGCAACGUAAGUAUUUUUCUUUAUUUCCACUAACACUGCCCAUAAAGGGCUGGGUGUGCCACCUGAACUGUUAUAUGUGGGAUGAAAUACAGCCAUCACGGUCAGCCCUUAACAGACAUAUUUUAAUCAAUCUAUGGUGCUUAUAGUUAACUAAUUGGGGAGAGUCCUGUGUUUGAUAGAUAACUACUGAAUUGUAGGCUGAGUUAUCAGCAUCAGCUGCUCCUACCAACUCUGUAUUUGUAUGUUUGUGGGGUUUCAUCUGCUUAUGCUGCCUUUCUUUUAUUUAUAAGAGUUCAACAUUUUCAUUUUUUUGCUUAGUACUUAGUAAUAAACAUUAUUUGUAUUUAUUCUUAAGCUGCUUCAGUACUUCAGUUGUUUACAGUUGUACAGAAGACACUACUAAAUAUGUGAAUGCCCAGUGAAUGAUUUUAGGAUUGAGGCCCACCUCCCGACUGUCUGUAUUCAAACUAUGCAAAUCAGAACAGAAAUUCUUAUUUGGGGGCCUUCGACUUGGCCUUUUACAAGCAGGGCGUGUUGACGAAAUGGGCACCUUGACUAUGCAAGUCCUCAGGUUAGCAUUCUGUGCCUAAGCUAUGUGUGUGCAUAUAUAUGUGUGCACGUAUCAUUACACAAGUGAGUCGCUUUCUUUCGAUCUCUAUGGAUUGGUCCAUGAGCAGCAGAUAAUAAGUUGUCCAUUUCCCAAACAGAGCUAAUGGCUCCACUGGUUUGAGGAUCCAACAUUUUAUCUCCUUAAAGUGGAUAUGUUAUCCACAAGUGGUGGGAUCUGAUGAAAACUAGUAUCCAUGGAAGAAGGGCUCAGCUCAAAAAUGAGCAAGGGAAGAGGAGGGAAAGUCCCAGCUGUGUACUUCAUCAUGGCCAGGUGGAACAUUCGGAGAGCACGUUCCCCUAGCAUCUGCCAUUUUGAUUCAUAAAGGAGCUCCUCCUGGAUUGGAUGGAGCAAAAGAAAGCAGCAGAUUCCAUCUCAGGAAUAAAUGAGAGGUUGGAACCGUAACCGCUUCAGGGUGCGCCAGUUAGCUAGUUGAAUGCCAACAUGGCCAGUAAACUUGCAGGGAGUCCCAUGGAAAAAGAGAAAACUUUACUCAGCUCCCCGGAAUUGGCUUUCUCUUACUGCUUUAGCUGUUUGUUACAAGGUACAAGUGGAGGGGUCCUUGGGCAAAAGCCAAUUUCUCUAGGAAGCAGUCGGCUUCAAUCCUUCAGCAAUCUAACACCGAACCAUUUCCAGCAUAGGGAAUGCUUUCUCCCUUGAGGACUGGGAUUGAAAUAAACCCUCUCACUUGGAUGAGCUGACACUUUCCUUACGAAGGAUGCACCGUUUUUGAUGUGGAUGGUGGCCAUUUGUAGAUCCUUCGUGGGGUGGAAAACAGGAGGGCUAGCAGGCACUAUUUCUGGGAACCCCACAUUAACAACUGCUAAGCUGAGGGUCAGGCUUCAGGAUCGUGCAGUCUUGAGAGGAAGGUCAAAGGACAGGCUUGGCAACCAAGCAGAAGCCGAUAACACUAAGAGACAAAACUCCACGAGCUUAACUUUUCCUACUUCACUAAAAAAAUGUAUUUAUUGGAGGCUUUCACUUCAAUAAUGCUGUCAAGAAACAAAUGAGACUAGUCCCUGUGAACAGGCUUCAUAGGAAAGUAUGACAGUUAGAUCUCAUUCAGGUAUCAAGAACACCCUAAAAUAUGGGGGGAUUUUUGCCUCUGCUUCCUUCUCCACGUAUGCUGUGAUUGGACACAAUUGUUUAAAGGGACAUCACUUCUUUUUUCUCCGCCAUAGUUGGCUGUGUGCGUGCAUAUGUAUCUAUACACAUUGACUCAUUCUGAUUAGCUUGAAAUAUGUGUGUAAUGUUCUUUUUUCAGUUUAUGAAGACAAAUAAAAUUGCCAUAAUUUUGUAAAAUAAAUACAAUGUUUUCAGGGCA